GCGCUGCAGGACUUUUAUUUUGACAGCUGGUUUCCAACUGUAACGCCAUUGGCUCCUGAGCUGCAGUAGAGUGAUGUGAUUGGCUGAUGAGCGGAGUUCCGGGGUCCCGGAGCUGCGGGUCUUUAGUGCAGAAACAGCAGCAGCAGCAGACUGUUGGAGGUUCAGGUGAUUCAGGGCUGUUGAUUGGAUGUGAUCAGAUCAGGUGAAUAAUGGAAGGGUGCUGCAGGUUUCCCCCGGUCUCCAGUAAAGUGGAGCAGCAGAAGAUCCAGCUCUGAUCAGCAGCAGCUCCACACCUCUGUACUCAGACUGAUCUGCUGGAGGAACACCAUCAGCUCACCUGCUGCAGAAAUGAAAACCACCCUGUUCAAGGUGUUCUCCUGCUCCAGGUGUCAUCUGUCUUAUCUGGAUAAAAUUUAGCUUCACAAACACAGAUUUUACGAAAAUAUUAAGCUGCUGAACGAAGGGGAGAACAUGGAAUCCAGAGAAAUCUCCAAUACUCAGCCAACAUCCUCUCCUACACCUAGCAGACAAAUGCAGAACAGUACAGAUAAGAAGCAAAGUUUCCGCUGUUCAGACUGUGGAAAAAGUUUUACCCGACAGGAUAAUCUCCAGCGCCACCAAAGCAUUCACACUGGAGAGAAACCGUAUCCCUGCUCAGAGUGUGGGAGUCGUUUUAGUCAAAGUCGCCACCUCCAGCGCCACCAGCGUGUUCACACUGGAGAGAAACCGUAUUACUGUCCGGUCUGUGGUAAGAGUUUUACUGCAGGGAGUACUCUCAAAGAGCACCAGCGCAUUCACACUGGAGAAAAACUGUGUCAGUGUUCAGACUGUGGGAAGAGGUUUUAUCAAAUGGGUAGUCUCCAGCGCCACCAGCUCAUUCACACAGGAGGGAAACCGUAUUAUUGUUUAGAGUGUGGGACUAGUUUUACUAAACACACUCAUUUUAAAACGCACCAGCGUGUUCACACAGGAGAGAAGCUAUAUCACUGUUCAGACUGUGGGAAAAGUUUUAUGCAGCUGAGUACUCUCAAGCGACAUCAGCGCGUUCACACUGGUGAGAAACCAUUUCACUGUUCAGACUGUGGGAGGAGUUUUACUCAGCAGAUUACUCUCCAACAGCACCAGCACAUUCACACAGGAGAGAAACCGUAUCACUGCUCAGACUGUGAAAUGAGAUUCAAUCAACUGAAUCAUCUCAAAUCACACCAGCGCAUUCACACAGGAGAGAAACCGUAUUUCUGCUCAGAAUGUGGGAGGAGUUUUACUCAACAGGGUGCUCUCCAAAGACACCAGCGCAUUCACACUGGAGAAAAACCAUAUUACUGUUCAGACUGUGGAAAACAUUUCAGAAACCAGAGUAAUUUUGAAACACACCAGUACAUUCACACUGGAGCGAAACCAUAUUACUGCUCAGAGUGUGGGAAGAGUUUUAAUCAACAGAAUAAUCUCAUACGACACCAGCGCAUUCACACUGGAGAGAAACCGUAUUACUGUCCGGACUGUGGGAAGAGUUUUAACCAGCAGGGUGCUCUACAAAGACACCAGCAUAUGCACACCGGAGACGAUGUGGCUAAAACUGAAAACAUACGUGAAUAGAAUGGCAUGAUGAACACAAUGUGAUUCAUUUACCUUGAAAGUCUGUCUUUUGUUGCGAUUUAAUAUACGUAAUGUAAUUGUUUGUAAGUGGUACUCAUUGGGGUAUGCAAAUUCAUAGCUUAAAUAUUCUUACUGGUAUUUGUAGAAGGUACUAUAUAUUCAGCUGAAUUUAAACCUUGAUAAAACACAGUGGAUCAACACCAGCAGAUGACAUGUCUCUCCAAACCAUCACUGAUCAUCAAUACAUUUUACAUUUCAUUUGUUAAUCAAGGGAUCAGAGUCUGGAGGAAGAGUGGAGAGACACACAGUCCAAACUGCUCGAGGUCUAGUGUGAAGUUUCCACCAAUCAGUGAUGGUUUGGAGAGACAUGCCUGUCAUCUGCUGGUGUUGAUCCACUGUGUUUUAUUAUCAAGUCUAAAGUCGGUGCAGUUUAGUUUUCCCACAAAAUCUUACAGCACUUCAUAUCUUACAGCUUCCCUCUGCUGAGAACAACUUUUAUGGAGAUGCGGAUUUCAUUUUCCAGCAGGAAUCUUUUUAACUUUGUGAAACUGACAACAAUGUACUUUGUCCUGUACCAUAUAAUACAGUUUUUCCCCAUUUGCUUCUGCUCAAA